AUGAGUCUUCGCCUCGCCUCCCGGCGGCUGCUGUCGCCAGGGACCAUUGUGCAGAAACGCCGCAAAUGGAACCUGUUCAAGAACUGGGGGAAAAAGUCUGAGAAGGAUGAUGCACUCGCCGGGCUAGACCUUGAUGACCCCAAAACGCGGCAGCAGUUUCUUGACCGCAACAUGAACGGCAAGAUCGAGAACAACAUCUUCCAGGACGAAAUCGAGACGGCCGUCGCCAAAGACGCCAACAAAGCCAAGGAGAGCGCUCGCAAGCGACCGGAAAAUGUCGAGCAGAAGACACGGGAGAACAUGGCCAUGGUUGUCGACCCGGACCCCCUUGGUCGCAUGCGGUGGCAACGGAGAAAAGUGAUGCAAAUGGUCCGCAAGAACGGCCGGAUGACGAAGGAGCAAAAGAUCAGGACUACGGAACGCCAGCUCCUCCACAAGAGCCCCUUUAUGGCGACAAGCGUGAAGAAGCUGAUGAUGCUCUCGCGCCAAAUUUCGGGCAAGUCGGUCGACGAUGCCAUCACACAGAUGACGUGGUCCAAGAAGAAGAUGUCUGCCGAGAUUCGAUACUACUUGGAAGAGGCGCGCGAUCUUGCGAUUGCGCAGCGCGGAAUGGGCCUGGGUAAGGUGAACGGCGAGCUCUACGAUAACCCCCAAAAAAUUCAGACGACCGAAGGCAAAUGGGUCGAGGUCGUCGACCCAUCCCGCAUGUACAUUGCACAGUCUUGGGUCGGCCGUGGAAAGUGGCGCGGGAAAAGCAUAGACCCCAAGGGACGUGGCAGAAUGGGCCUCAUCCAGCACCCUGCUACAUCUUUGACUAUUUUGCUCAAGGAAGACCGAACCAGGGUGCGUGAGCACGAGGAGCGCGAAGCAAAGAAGGCCGCAAAGGGCCCAUGGAUCCAUCUGCCCAACCGCAGUGUUCACGGCCAGCGACCAUACUAUAGUUGGUAA